GGCAUAGCACAUACUAGUAACAAAAGGCUGUUUUUAAUUUCCAUAGUUCCACUGCUGAGACAAAUCGGAUUUAACAAUGAUCUUCUAUGAAAAAGAUGUGUGGUUGUUGUGUACUGGCUAUUUGUGUAAUAUGUAAAUAAAUGUCAUUUUAAUGUUAUUUGCUUUGCAUUCAUGUAGUCAGAUGAAUAUUAUAUCAUGACUCAGCGGCCUCUUGGAUACUGUCUAAUCAUCAACAACUACAACUUUGAAAAAAAGUCCAAAUUUUCCAACCGUGAAGGCACUUGGAAGGACAAAGAUGAUCUUUUUAGCUUGUUUCAUAGAAUGCAUUUCAAAGUUGAGGUGCGGGACGAUCUGGAAGCCUCAGAUAUAAGAGAUGCGAUAAAGGAGUUUGCAAAUAAGGAUCAUGCUCAAAUGGGCGCUUUUGUCUGCUGUGUCCUCUCGCAUGGAGAGAAAGGCACUGUGUUGGGCGUAGAUGGUAAACCGGUUGAAAUCCGUGAACUCACACAGCCUUUUGCUGAAUGCCGCACACUAGCUAGCAAGCCCAAGCUUUUCUUCAUUCAGGCCUGUCAGGGUAAAGUGGCCCAGGACGGUGUAUGGACAGCAGAUGGACAAGUGAACAAUACAGAAGAAGGAACAUUUGAGGAGGAUGCUUAUAAUCCUGCUUUGCGCAUGGUUCCCAUUGAAGCUGAUUUCCUAAUCGGAAUGGCCACAGUAGAGUACUACCAGUCGUUUCGCCACACUAGAAAAGGGUCUAUCUAUAUCCAGGAGCUCUGUAGACAGCUGGAGAUCUGCCGCGGAAACGAUGAUAUCUUGUCCAUCCUGACAAAGGUAAACCGUGAAGUGAGCACCAGAGUUUUGAAAGGCUACAAGCAGAUGCCUGAACCUCGAUAUACCCUCACCAAGAAGCUGGUUCUUCCCAUGGACUGAAGCUACUUAUUGACUCUGGUAUUACUGGAUUUACGCUGGACAAGUUUACAUUAUUCCGUUACUCAGAAUCUAUAUUAAUCUUUCAGGGAGGAUCGAGGCUCUUUGGUACUAUAGAGUCAUAUUGAUCUUGCUAUCUCUUAGAGUCUGGUCUUAAUUAUUAAAUAAGGUUAUGAGAUUCAGUUUACUGCACAGAGUUAUGGAAAUUUAGUUAUAUGUUUAAACAAUGCAAUUUAA